GAUAGACUGUAACCAUUAUGUAUGUAUAGGAUCACGGCUAUAACAUCUGUUGUUGGCUCGAAUAAGCCAGUCAGGCAAAUAGAGAGACGGCGAAAUGAGAAUAGUAUUGGACUUGGUUAAAAAUAUCUUCUCGCUGGCUGGCAUUGAAUCUUGUUGGAGUGGCUGAGAAUUCUGGUGAAGAGUGGAUAUUGAACAGUGCACUACUAGUACAGAGGGGACUAGUUAGAGAAAACUACUCGAGGUGUUGAAAGAGUUCUUAUAUUAUUUGAGAGUCACACGAUGCAAAUUGGAGUAGCCUAGAUUGCAGGGAUUAUAUGACAUUAUGAGGAAAAGAUUAGGUGUACAUUUAAUGGAUUGGCCAGAAAUCAGAGGGAGGUACUUCUAAUGCUGUAGAGAUGUAAAUUAUAACUGUCAAUCAAGCGAAAGGGAGGAAUUAAUUUGCAUAUCACCAUCGCUUGUCAGGACCAUCAUUAUUUACAGUUGCUGGUAAACAGGAUUUCAAGCCAUCAACAAAACAAUACUUUCGUAACUUGGGAGUUUAAUUUCUGUUAUUAUUCUGAUUAUUGCAUUUCCUAAGCUGUGUCUGUGAUCUUAGCUUACGUCUAAGUUUUAUUGUAAAUUCAGAUUAAAAUUCUUGUACAUAGAAGUAAAGUUCGAGCUUUAAAUAUUUGGAAAAGUAAGCUAAACCAUCGAGAUUGAACAAGAAAUCCCCCACCAUUAAUAUUUCCAAAUUGUUCUAAGUGGUGAUUGUAAAUAAGAAAAUACAAAAUUUCCAAACAUUAAAUGCGUGCUUUUAUUGGAUAAUAAAGACACAAGAAGGAAUUUGUUUGGAGCUGCCAAAGGAAUCGAUAUUGUUACGUAAUUGGAGCCUAGCAGUGAUCUCUUGAUCUGGAGCUCAUCUAGUUCUGUUUUUUCAAGAAUUGUGGAAAAGUUUGUUUUGUAAACGUAGAGUUAUUAAAGUGUGCUAGAAUCUCGUAUAUUAUGAAUGUGGGAGAUAUAGGAAGAAAUGGAAUGGUCCAUUAAAGUGUGUCUUAUCCUAUUCUUAUGUGUCUUCAUGUAUGUCGGACAAUCUUAUGCACAACAUGACUAUUCAGAACCUAUAAAAUGUUACGUGUGUGCUGGGACAGCACAUAAUAGUACCUGUGCUGAUCCCAUAGACUUGAAGAUCAAUCCGCCUGUCAAAAAGGUCUGCUCUCAGGGAGUCUGCUUAAAAUGGACCCACUACAAACUCGGUGUACUGGUGAUCGAGAGAGUGUGUUCAGCCGAUAUAAACUUUCAAUUAACAUUAAUAGACGGCGUGUGCCGAACAGAAAGAAAUAAUAACGGAUAUUUAUGUAUGUGUGGAAAGCAUUUGUGUAAUUCGACAAGCCGAGUGCGAUUAUCUCCCGUUGUUAUCCUACUCUUACUUUUGUGCUAUAGCUUGAUCUCUCAAAGGGUGCUACCAUGGCAACGAUGACGUCAAUUCUGACAGUAUAUACAUGUAAUAAAGUGUGAAAAAUGUUUGCUAUGUGUGGUGCGCCAAACUGCCUUAUGGGCUUUCAGAAAGUUUAUUUGUUGUUUUAUCUGUGCUAUGAAACGUUCCACGUUUCAAAUCGAAUUAUCUAUGCAUUUUCGACGACCUAUGGCUGUCGGAAGUCACAUGACGUAGGCUAAACGACGCUGGGGGAUAACUAUGACAAGACCUUGGACAUUUAAAAAAGAGUGGGACGGGUAUAUGAAAAAUCAAUUUUAAAAAAAUUGUACCAGAAAUACAUAUGGAUCAUCUGUGUUAAAAGGAAAACAGGGGAUACCGGAAGUAGUUUAAUAAGACGACGGAAUUUAUUUAGUAAGAAUGCGAAUUGCGACUGAAGCCUAUGUUAGGCUAUAAAAUUAUGAGAAAUGCGUCAAAGCUUGGAAUAGAUGGGGAAGGAUGAUUCAACGGUUGCCCUGUUUGGGUUUUACAGAUUGUUAUUUAAACUUCUAAGUUAAUAAAAUGUUACCCGUCUCUUUAAAGUCCCCACAGUAAAUAAUAUAUAUCAAGGAUUUUAGCAGCGUCAAGUCUGAUGUCAUGUGUACAAGAUGACGAAUUAUGACGUGUAUAUGUUAUUGUAUAUAAAUGAUAUAAACUGUGUCGUGACAUCAUAUACCAGUAUGUAAAUAUGUGACGUAUACAUAAACGUCAAUCUAGUCGCUAGUAUUGAAUAGCUAGUGCUCAUAUUCCUCAUUUUAUUUCAAAACAUUUUCCAUAGUAAUUUAUUUAUUCAUCUUUGACCCUUUCUCAAUUAUAUUAACUCUUAAUUAUGCAUUCGUUUACAAUAGGAUCUCCCUUUCCCUUUUUAUACACCCACAUUAGAAUGUGGUCUUAUAUUGUCAUUAGCACCGUUGGUCCGUCAUCCACACUUUCCUGUGAUCACCCGAUUGACUUAAAUUUAUAUACAGUGUUUACGUUUAGGAGACGAAAAGGCUAUUGAUUUUCAACAAUUUAUGAUAAUUGUAGUCGUAGUUAUCCCCCUUGAUCUAGUUGAAAACACAGAUUUCCGAUCACCCGAUAAGCUAAAGUUAUCAACUGAUUGCCGGUACAUGUUUUGUAUAAUAAAUGCUAGCACUAGAAAGAGUUAGAUGCCAAUCGAAUUUUAAUUAUUUCUGUUACCCUGGAUCAGUGUUUUGUGAAUGACCUUUGUGGACUGCGCAGAUGACUUAGCUCCUGUUGGCGUAUGUUUCGUUGCCUGUAGUUUUUAAUUUGACCAAACUGUCUUUCGAAUUAUCCGAGCUUAAGGGUGAACACAUUUAGUCUGACAUCUGACAUAGGUGGGAGUAAUUAUUCUUCUAAAAACUGAAAUCAUAUUUCUAGACAAACUGGGAGUCCCGGUGUCUAGCUAAUCAGGGAAUCUCGGGUUUGCUCCCGGCGUUUGCCGAGAAAGUUUUCCGGGAUUUCCGGUGUGGUGUCCCCAGUGGUUAAGGCAUGGUAAAUAAAGAACAACUUCUUGUCGAUCAGAUGGUACGAAAACAUAACCAUUGACAGUUGGAACUCGAAAUAUGAGUAAGCCUCGUAGCACACUGUUGGAAAGGUGCAAGCAUGGAGGACCAUAACACCAUUCAUUUCUUCACAAACUAGUUGUUAAUUUACAUGGGAAAGGAUAGCUAAAUAGGAUUGUUGUCAUGAAUUGUAAAAAAGAUAUUUACAUGUAAGUGACUGGAAUAUCAAAACAUAAGCAAAAGAGUUAUCCCAUGUAAGUCAUGUUUAAAGGAGUUCAGGCGGGAAUAGAGACAACAGGAGUAUUCCACCAUAAAGUUCUGAAUAGACAGAAGGGGUGGCCAACCGUUUAGGUUCCAUGUGCCAAAUAUUAUCCGCACGACUUCAGAUUUGCCAUAUUACUUUAAAAGAUUAAAUCAAGAAAAACAUAAACAUUAUUUACCUUAUCCCCUGUGGCCGAAUCAUCAGAGUACUCUGUGAUACCACGUUUUUUUAAAUAAUAGCUCGUCUUCAGUAGAUUGGCCGAUGUGGAAAAAGGGCCAUAAACCCCAUCUCAUUUCAUUUACUUCAGUAAUCGGAGAAAAUUACGGUCUAUCUGGUCUUUUUUUAUAUAUUAGAACAUUAUUAUCAUCAGAUGCAAUGUGUUACUCGGAAUGUUCCAAUGUUCCCUAGAAAAAGCUACACGGCAUGAACUACACUUUAAGGGAAACUAUCUUGAAGGGUAGAUUUUUUUUACAUAAUGUAUAAAUGCGCCAUUUGAUUUUGAUUGGUUUGUGUGUUAACUGUUAAUCCAUACGUUUGAAUGAUUCCAUAUUAUAUUUAUUCAAAUAAGGCAGAUAACUCUGCCAUGGUUUGUAUUUGAUUUCAGAAUACUUUGAUUUAGUUUAGUGUAUAUAGGCCUACAUAUAACUUAACAUUUAACAUUUUUUUCUGUUUUAAUUUAUUUUAAUUUCAUUUGAAGAGACAAUCUGACUUUCUAUGUAAAUUAUGUCCAUUUAAACAAAGAAUACGUAAUUCUUUAAUUUUUAAGAAUUAUCUUUCUUAUCAAUAUGUUGUACAGUAUCAGAAGCUUUUAAAUCUGCCAAAGGAAAGAAAUAUCAUGCAGUUCUUUUUAGUAUUAUUUAAUUGUGUGGUUUUCAAUUUUACUCUUUGCUCUAAUACCAUUUUUGAACAAAAGUGGAGACAACUCUUUAAUUGAUUUUAAUUGCUUUCAAACCCACGUGGGGAUACCUCUUUGACCAGAACUUGAUACCAAAAACUUAAAUUCAACACCACAACGAAUAGUUCAAGAUUUCACAAGUAUAUUGGUUAAGGGUAAAGACAAUUAUUGGGCUGCUACUUCACCCUCGUAUUCAAAUCAAAAUUGUAAGAGUGACGUAAACAGAAUAUUUCAAUUUCUGAUAUCAUCAUCGCUUAUCAUACUCCGGUUACAAGGAUAAGCUAUAUUAAAAUCAAUAAGAAAAAGUGCAAUUGUGGUUGAGAGUCAACCAAAGUGUAGUACCCGUUGAGAGUCAACCAAAGUGUAGUACCCGUUGAGAGUCAACCAAAGUGUAAUACUUGUUGACAGCCAAUCAAAGUGUAAUACUUAUUGACAGUCAACCAAAGUGUAAUAUUGGUUGACAGACAACAAAAGUGUAAUACUUGCUGACAGCCAACAAAAGUGUAAUACUGGCAGACAGCCAAUCAAAGUCUAAUACUGGCUGACGGUCAACCAAAGUCUUACUUCGACAUUAACAUGCUAUGUUAAUAAAAAGCCUAGGUGAUUUUUAAAUGAGGUCAUUUUGUUUAACUUUUUGAGCGUUUGUGCAAUUUCAAAGAUAGUUCAAUAUAUUUAAAUAGUUUAAUUUAUUGAAAAUAUAUUAGUCUUCCACGGUUCACUUUUAAAGAUAUGCAAAUUAUAUGUAAAUAAUAUUGUAUUUAUGAUGACUAUUCAUAUAAUAUUAUAAUUAAUUACGUAUAUGCAGUAUUCUAUGCACCUAAGAUUCUUGUUGGGAGCUCAAGAGGCGCCUUAUAGAAUUAUAUCGCUUAACGAUUUAAUCCUUUUUAUCUUUUUGUAGAAUUCCGAACACCAUAUUAUAUUCUUAUUCAAAUUCUUCACCGAGGGCACAGUAAAAUUAGAGUAAACACAGUUCGAGGAAUUCGGUAUGUUAUAGCAAAUCUAAAUUAGCGAACUGGUCCAUAAAGGUAUCAACGGUUUUAUGAAAUAACCCACCCGCUUAUUUCUAUAAUUUCCUGCUGUCGCCCGCGUUUCGAAGAAAGUGGGGCACUUGUAUAAUUGGUUUGCCCGUCUGCCUGGAACACAAUAUUUCUUUUAAAUUAGCUACAAACAUGGUGUGGGUAUUUAUUAGGUGAAUGCCUUGACUUCGUUCGACGAUUAGCAUUUACUGCUUAGGCCAGAGUACAGAUAAAGCAAUUUGAAUCGUCAAUGCUUUGGAACACGAUAAUUUGGGUCUAAUUUAAUAAAGUGAUGGAAGUUGUUGUAUAUAGUUUCACUAUACAACAAAACCUUGACUAAGUUCGAUUAUGAGUGUUUUAUGCAUAGAUGGCUUAUUAGCAGUACCGUUGUUCGACGCUUUGCAAAAAGAUAAAUCUGCAAUUGAUCAAUAUGUGGCACAUUAUUAUUUUGAGAUUAAAGAGGAUGACCAGCAUCCCUGUUUGCUUGUUCAAACUUUAAUAGCUCGGUCAAUGGUUAAAAUCCUAUCUGAUUAAAACAUAGAUCCUAUUUCGUUUCGUUUUUAUAGUUCAUAAUUUCGCUUUACUUGUCUUUUCUACACUAGGAUCUGGAAGAGUUGUUAUCAUUGACGUGUUCUGAAUGAUGUAGGCUAUUAGCCAAUGAAACGGUCUGUUACGGCGAGCUUUAGGCGUGUUUGGCACGGAACUGUGGGUAAUCCACUAGUAACAUCAAUACUGAUUGGUUAAUCAAAUGUCUGACGUCAUAGGGUCCCCGCUCGUAUGACCUCUGACGCGGCCUAUCGCUACAACCGGUCAGAUCUUCAUGUAGUGUAGGCCAUCGAAAGUAUAAAAAACGAAACGAAAUAUAGAUCUGUAUUUUAAUCAGAUUAGUUAAAAUCUGAACAUACUUGUGAAUUAGUGGAACCCUUGACGUACCUGUAGAGACAUUCUAGUACAUGUAUAUCAUUUCAGUUAUUGAACCAAAUAAACGAUGCCACUUUA